AGUUUUUGAUUCGUCAACUUGCGAGGCGCGACACACCAAGCGGCAAAUACACGCACAUCACAUCGCCGCCUUUCCGCCUCCCCCGCCUUCUUCGAAAGCGAAGCCGCAGCGAAGAGUGCAGCGACACCUUUCAGAAACAAAAACAAAAAUAGCUUUCUUUGUUAGUUAGGCGGUUCGCGACGCAGCACGAUGGAGCUUAUGCAGCUGCAGCAGAUCUUGGGUCAGCACGACACUCGCGUGGCGAAGGUGUUCGUCAACAACAUCCCUGCGCUCGGCCUGCGGAAGAUGGACGACUGCGUGUUGGAGUACAUGCUGAAGAUGCUGGAGGGCCAGACCUCGUCGGAGUCCUACCUGCCGGAGGAGAUCAUCGAGGAGACGAUGAAGCUCUACUUCCGUGAGUUCGACGUCUUCAACGGCGCAGAGGACCAGCUGAGCAACAGCGCCGCCGCAAUUUGCCAGCAGAUGCUGAAGGAGGGCAUCACACAGAAGCCGAGCGAGGAGUCGAGUCGGUUGACGAGUGCGGUGAGCAUCGGCCGCCAGUACGAGGAGAGCAUGAAGCGGGCGACGAUGAUCAAGUCGGUCGGCAAGGUCACCACGGCCAAUACAAAUGAGGACUGGUCGUGGGAGAAGAACCGAAACGCGGCGAAGGACAUCCGCAAAAAGCGCAAAGAGGACGAGAAGAAGGCGAUGCUGGCGGAGGAGUACGAGGAGUUCCUCAAGAAGCGCGGCAUCGCCAACGCCACCGCCGUCACGAAGUUGCACCACAAAGGCGAAGGCACCAACUACAGCACCGACAUCCGGUGCGAGGGCAUCCACAUCCAGCUGGGCAAGCAGCUGCUGCUGGACGAGACAGAUUUGGUGCUCCUGACCGGUCACAAGUACGGCUUGAUCGGCCGCAACGGUGCUGGUAAGACGACGCUGCUGCGUGCGCUGGCCGAGCGGGAGUUGGAGGGCGUGAGUCCCUUCAUGCAGAUCCUACACGUGGAGCAGGAGAUCGUCGCGGGGGCGGAGACGCCGCUGGAGGUGCUGCUCGAGACGGACGCGGAGCGCACGCAGCUGCUGAAGGAGGAGCAGGAGCUGCUGAAGCGCAACGACACGGAGGCGAACACGCGGCUGAACGAGGUCUACGCCCGACUGGACGCGAUCGACGCCCACAGCGCCGAGGCCCGCGCGGCAACGAUCCUGCACGGCCUCAGCUUCACCCAGGAAAUGAUGACCAGCCCGACGAAGAUGCUGUCUGGUGGUUGGCGCAUGCGUGUCGCGCUCGCGCGUGCGCUCUUCGUGGAGCCGGACGUGCUGCUGCUGGACGAGCCGACAAACCAUUUGGACCUCUUCGCGGUGCUGUGGCUGGAGGGCUUCCUGAAGGACUGGCAGAAGACGCUCGUCGUCGUGUCCCACUCCCGCACCUUCCUCAAUAACGUCUGCUCCGAGGUGAUCCACCUCGUGGGGCACCACCUGCACUACUACACGGGCAACUACGACCAGUUCGAGCUGACGCGGGUGGAGCAGGAGCGACAGCAGAAGAAGCAGUACGCCGCGCAGGAGAAGCAGCGCGCGCACAUCCAGUCCUUCAUCGACAAGUUUCGCUACAACGCGAACCGGGCGAAGAUGGCGCAGUCGCGCAUCAAGGCGCUGGAGCGAAUGGAGAUGGUGGCGGACGUCGUCAGCGACCCACAGUUCGCCUUCGCCUUUCCCGACGUCGAGCCGGUAUCGGGCAGCUUUGUGGAGAUGGUGGACUGCGAGUUCGGCUACAAGCCGGGCGUGAGCCUCUUCAAGGACGUGAACAUGGGCAUCGAUGAGAGCUCUCGCAUCGUCCUGGUCGGCGCCAACGGGGCGGGCAAGUCUACCUUCAUGAAUGUGUGCAUGGGCAAGCUGGAGCCGCGCACGGGGACGAUCGUGCGCAACAAGAAAAUCCGCAUGGCGCACUUUGCGCAGCACAACUUGGAGAGCCUGACGCCGCAGCUAUCCUCGUUAGAGUUCCUGCGGUCCAAGUACCCGCACAUGGAGGACCAGCAGCUGCGGGCGCACCUCGGUAGCAUGGGGCUGUCCGGCGACCGCGCCAUGCAGCCGAUCUACACGCUUUCCGGCGGCCAGAAGUCGCGUCUCGUGCUGGCGUGGAUUACGUUCCAGAAGCCGCAUCUGCUGCUGCUCGAUGAGCCGACAAACCACCUUGACAUCGACACGGUGAACGCGUUGAUCGAGGCGCUGCUGGCGUACAACGGUGGCCUGCUGGUGAUCUCGCACGACGAGUACUUCAUCACGUCGCUGUGCGACGACAUUUACGUGUGCGAGGAUCAGACAGUGCAGAAGUUCGAAGGUGACUUCCCCGAGUACCGAAAGCACGUUCUGAAGCUGAUGAAAUGA